AAAUUGUACUAACAAUGGAUAUCUCAUUUCUUUGUCUGGGAUUGAGAUUAAAUCAAUCAAUAGAACACAAUAAAAAUCGCGGGGCCAAAAAUUGUGAGAAUUAGAAGUGACGUCCAGAGAGCGUUGACUAACGGCGUCAGGCGUCUGACCGCAGCGAGGGAAAUGAAAACUGUUCAAAAAAAUUCCCCAAAAAUAUUGCACACCUGUUUCUCUCUGUUGAUUAUAUUGGAUUCAAUGUAAUUGAAACUUUCCCUCCUCUUUCCCACCUUCCCUUACCACUCUCGGUCAAAAAAAUUACUGGCUCCCCCACUUUCUUCAGAUUUGCCCUAGGGAGGUAAAAUCCGAAUUAGGGCAAAUCCUCAGGAAAUCAACUCGGUUUCCAUGCGGAUUCAGGCACCGGAGCACCCUCGUUGUUGAAUCUUUUAUUUAUUUAUUUAUUUUUGUUGUGCUGAAGAAUUAUAAAUCAGGUCGAGGAUGGCGAAGAUUGCUACAGCAGGUCCACUUCCUCCGACCAAUACCAUUCAUUUUGGUGGCGCCGGUUCGACGGUCACCACCACCACUUUGAAACGGAAAACUCCGGCGGAGUUGCGGAGGGAAGAAUUGCUGAAACGAAGGAAUGCCAGUGUCAUGGAGCUUGCAGAUAAAUCUCAACUUCCUUUUGCUCCUUCUUCAAAGGAUGGGGAUGGAGUUAUCCUGGGAAAUAAAAAAGAUAUGCCAAAGAGUCCAAAAUAUAGAGACACCCGUGUGGAUGGGUUAUAUCGCGCAAGGAAAAGAUGUAACAGGCUUAGGUUGCUCUCAAAAGAUGAAGUUGUCGAGGAAAAUCCCCCAGUUGCGGUCAGCAGCAGGUUGAAAAAUUCUUCUGUGGCUACUCACUUGGCUGCUGAGAUUCAACCACAGGACUUAUGUAAUGAGGAUUCUGCUACUUCAAUUCCUUCCUCUGAGGAUCGGGCUACCAGUACCAAAGCUCACAAAGUUGCUGGGAAGGCCAAUGACGGAACAUUUCGUGGUGUGAAGGAGCUAGCAUUUGGGGGUGAAAAUGUGCCUGGCUUGUCAAAUCUUGAUAUGGACAAAGCUUUAAAAGGAUUGGUUGCCCAUGGUGCUCCUGCUUCAGAAUCACAACUUGAAUCUUAUGAAAGAACAAGCAAUUUUAGAACACAGAUUUCCCCACUUGAUUUUUCUGUUUCAGGAAAGAAAUCCCCGCUGGAUUUGACCCUGAAAACUACAAUGCGCAUAAUAUCAUCUGCAUCAGUGAAUUGGUUUCAUAGAUCAGUGAAUUGUGCCACCUUCCACAAUCAGUUUCAGUGUGGAUCUUAUGCCACUGCCUCUGAGGAUCAGGAUUUCUCAGGGCACACUUCUUCUGUUUCAAGAUGGAGUUCUGGGGCGUUUUCUUCAUGGAUGUUUCCACAAUCUCCCUUAUCUCCUUUGGUUAUAUCAGCAUUAACCUCAGCCGCAGUGGAAGGACAAGUGGAUUUCUGGAACAAUCGACAGCAGGCUUGGGAGGAUUCUUUUCGAAGCCUAUACUACAUGCUCAGAACGAGAAUCUGUGAUUUAUUUUAUGUAUGCACUUCGCAGUUUGUAGUGAUGUUUACUGCUUGUGAUGGUCCAAAAAAUGCAAAACGAACUUGCAAUGCUUAUAUUUCUCGGUCCACAAGAGGUUUGAGGUCCCUGCUGAAAGAACAUGACGUUUGUUUCUCUAUGCCUCUUUUCCCGUCCAAGGGGGAUGACAUAACUGCAGAGGAUCUGACCGAGCUUCCAGAGCUUGAUAAACCUAGCCUCCAAGAGGCUGACCAUUUUGUUGCCAUGUCUUAUGUGGAUAAUGGCUCACAAUCACUGCUCAUGUUCAGUGGAAAUCAAAAUGUACAUGGAUUGUAUGAUUUUCUGUUGAACUACAGAUACUAUUUGACCUCCCUCACUGGUGUAGAUGUUCCUAUCUUAUGUUCACCGGUGCCAUUUGAAAAUGGUGCUCUUUCCUCUCCUCAGGUUAGGUGUAAGGAGGUGAGGCGAGCUGAUCAAUUGCACUUGUCAUCAAAAGACCUUAAUGGAGAGGUUGAACUUGCUCGGGGCUCAUCUCCUGGAAUCUGUUAUAGUGUUGAAAUAAAAGAUACAUAUCUUCCACCAUGGGUGGUUACCUCUGUAUGUAGUGCUAUGGCAUCUGAUGGGAAGAGCUUCGAGGCUAGGUAUGCUCACUUGCCCACCACAUUAAUAUUAUUUGAGAUUAUAGCAUAAGCACGUCAGCAUGUAACAGUUUCUAGUGUGCAUUGGCAGCCUGGUAGUCUUUCCUGUUCAUUCAUUUCUUAAAUUUUUGCACAUGAUUUGAGAGUAGUCGUUACUGUAUCGGGAAAGAGGGAAAAACAAAGUUGAAAUUAGAAAAGAUAAAUAUAUUUCAAUUCGAAAUUAGUGAAUAGUGUCAAAUAAGGCAUCCAAAAGCUGAAACGGAAAGGUUCCUGGGUCUUUCUACUGUCCACAAUUAGUGUUAGUAUUGGUAACACAAGUUACUUGGAGUAUGGAUGGUGCUCAGCAAACAUUAUGUUCUGCUACAGAUUGUUGUGGUCUUAAGCAUAUUGCAGUUUGCGGAUAUCGGUAUCUGUUGAAAUUGCCAUGAAUAAUUUUUGCUGUCGUGACUAACAUGUUCUCUCUGAGGGUGGGGAACUAGUGUACUGGUAUUUGGUGUUCACUACUCUUGAGUUGUCCCAACGUGUUGAGUUGGUGUUUUUAUGCCAACCAAUUUUUUCAUCAGAUACUACUAUUAAAUGGAAAGAUUUUCUGGCAGUGAUUUACGUUCUAUUUCUUUUCUUACUUUGCUGUAACUCGUGUGAUUUGCAGCUUCGUGACCGAACCCACAUCGAUUGGCUUGAAUACUGCUCUGGACAUCAUUUGCCAGGAUUCUGAUCCUCAAGCAGGCACAGCAUCCGGCAAAACAAUGCAAGAAAGUAGCUACACUUUUGGUAUUCAGCAGACCAUAUUUAGCCCACAUCUAAGAUCUUCCUUCUUAAAAGGCUUGAAGUAUGGGGAUGGUUCUAUCACAGCUUCCUUAUCCCGUGUUUAAUAUUUUCUAGGAACUCACUUCACUGCCCUUGGAACUUCUUGUUGGGCUUAUUUGUAAUAUGAAUACAUGAUUAUAUCUGUACUAAGUUCUUUGUCCAACUUAAUUUAUGGAAUUCCCAAUCCAUUAGUGUUGAGCAUUUAGCUUAUAGUAGUUGUUUUCAUUUUAGCUUAUAUCCGAGCAUUCGUAAUGCCUCCAGCAGCAAAUUGCUUGUAAUUAUGAAAUGCAGAGCAAUUUCAUAUACAAAAAAGUAUCAAGAGACAUUUUUUCCUGAGUCGAA